AUGGUGCGGUGGCGUUUGUGGGCCAUUGGCCUUUGGUGGGCCAUGAGUCCGAGCGAUGGGUGGUGGCAGACCUCCGGGGAUGUGGACCCGGACCCACCCAACUCCACUUGUUGGGAGGAGCCCCUUCUUUGCCUCCAGAAGCGGGUGAACUCGACCGUGGCCGCUGCCCAGGCGCAGUAUGCCACCCUGACGACCUGGGAUAGCCUGGCUUGGACUGUCCUGGACACCCUGUUGUCCGGUGCAGGGUGGCUGGUGUUUGGGCAAAGCUGGGCCAGCGUCAGGACAGGCUGCUCCUUGCUCCUGCGGGUGGCCUUCUUGAUGGCGAUCUGCAUCGUGCUCCACUACUUCCUGUCCUUGGCCUGGCCGUUGUGCUCCUUGGCCAUUGGGACGCUUCUGACGGUGGUGUGGGUUGUUCGGGCCAUGGUGCGAUGCUGCGGGCGGGUCGCGUUCUACACCCAGCGGAUGGCCGGGGGUGUGCCCGAAGCGAUGGGAGCGACUUUCAUUGGCCCAGAUACUGGUGAGAUUCCCGAAACAGCUGACCUUCGUAAGAUGAAGAAAGGGACCAACGAGGAACGUUGGGUUCUACUACGGAGGGAUGGCUACGUGGUCAUCAUCAAGGUCAUCGAGAAUGCGGCGAUCAAGUCCAGCGGCAUCUACCUGCACUUCGACCCUGAGGCGACUCGAGGAGAUGCCCAGCUCUUGCUUGCCCUGAAGGGCUACGACAAAGUGCACCUAUGUAGGCACGAUACGUGUCCGGAGGAGGGUCAGCACUUCAAGAGCUACGCCUUGGCUCGGCAGCUCAACCCCGAACGCUUCCAUCUCCUGUCAUCAGCGGCGGGGGCCCAGAAGACGGGAAUGAAGACGCUGGGAUGGCUCUUUUCCAAGGCCAACAAAACGGCCAAGCGGCUGCAGGACUAUGCGUCCGAAUCGGAGAAGGAAGAGGCAGGCGGGUGCAGCGCUCACUGGGUGAAGUGGGAAGGUGAGAUGGGCAAGACCUGCCUCAGCGACCACCCUUGCAAGAACCCCGGUGCCACGGAGGUUGAGAUGUUGGAGGAGGAUCGCGAGAACCUUCCUGUUGACCAGCCAAGCACCCUCUGCCCUGCUCACGGCGUCCGCUACCUGACCUCCAGAAUGGCUAUGAAGUGUCUAGGGCAAGGGAACCACCUCCGGGAGAAGGCGAAGGAGAUGAACGUGGAGAUGGAGAAGGUGAUGAUCGGGCGAGACGCCGUGGAAGAGGAGUUCAUGGAGCAGAUGGCAGAUGGGAGAGAGUUGCAGCUCAGCGAAGAGGACAUCCGGAAGCAGUUGGCCGCGCAAGCCGGGAUGACUGUGGGCGAUCUCACCAGGCACCUGUAUGAGCAGGCCACAGAGGAACAGAGGAAGGGAACAAAAGGGCUGACGAAGUUCCUGGCCAAGUGGCGUCAACAGGCAGCCGGGACGGGGCCGGACGGGCAAGGCAGCCACUCUGAGAUGACCGACAUCGCGAAAGCGAUCCAGCAGCAAACCAAUGAGUUGGCCACGUUGGUCAAAGCUCAGCAAGAGACCACUACAGGGAUGGGCGGCUCUUUGAAAGGUUUGGGCAAAACUUCUGAAGAACUGGUAUUUUUGCUGCGUGCAUGCGGUGAGUACACCGUACAAGUCGGUGAUGGUGAGUACGGAGCACCACUCGCUCAAGCGCUCCUGGCGGCCCAGGCCGGCUCGUCGACGAAGUUGCGAAGUGCUGGAUUCCGCCAAAAAAUCACCUCCAGGCUGGCCAUUGGGAUCGCAGGACCCUACUGGGGCACGCAGGAGAAGUACGCUUUGAGCGCCUCCGACUUCGUCCCCUGCACGGACGCCGAGUUGGACCAGUUCGCCAUGGAGAGCAGGACCGGCAAGCCCGUCAAUGAGCAGAGGCCAACAGCUCCUACCCGCUAUGAGGACUGGCUCAACCGAGUGAAACGCCAGAACGACAUCUGGGCACUCGUGUACGGCCUGGAAUGGAAGGCGGUUCGGGAGCACGCCAUCAACCUGUUGGGAGAGUGGCAUGUCAGUGCUCCUCACAAGUGGCCACUACAGGAGCUGCAUUGGAGAUUCCUCGAAGAACUGAAGGAGGAGCUGAGGAAGAUCAAGCGGCUUUCGGGUCGAGAAUCCAUGACGUUGCAGGAUUUGAAGUUUUAUGCCCUCAUGCCAGACGAGGAGGGGCGCCCUCCUUUGAACCUCCCGCAGACCUUCGAUCUGAGACGGCCAGAAGGAUGGUUCAUGUCUGAGGUGAUGCCUAGGAUCGAGAGACGCCAAGAGAGGAUGCUCUGGAAGAUGACAUGGGAAGGAGCAGGGAAAAGCAGAGCCCAAGGCCAAUCAGCAGGAGGAGACGGAGGACCUCGUGAGGAGAAGCUGACUUUGAAGACUUUGUUUGGCCCAAAGCUCACGGCAGAGGAGACCGCCAAGGCCAAGGACCGGGCACCCACGAACAAGGAUGGCAAACUGUUGUGUUGGGGCUACUUGACCCACUUGGGCUGUUCUCAACAGGGCUGCCAAAGAGCACAUGAACCACUUCGGGGACCUUUUGAAGCUCUCGAUCCGGCGGUGCAACUUCAGAUGCUUCGGAGGGGAGGCUUGAAGAGGAUGAAGGCAGAGACGAAGGAGACCGCGGCUGAGAAGAUCAAGGAGAUCCGGGCUGGAGUGGCAAAGGAUAAAGCCGCGAAGGUGCAGGACGGCAAAGAUCGCCGAAGGGCUGGACAGGGCGAAGGAGGCAAGGAUGGAGAUCCAGAAGGCCCUGAAAAGGCAGGAGGGCGAGUGCACUGGGAGGCACCGGAGGAGAUGGUCCAGGUCGACUACACCCACCAGGAAAAGGACUUCGCAGACUUGGUGACCGGGCCAGACGAUGCGAUCUUCGACCACGUCCCGAGGGACGCCCGCCCGCAUGCGGGAAGACAUGGGAUCUCAGCCCCUGCGGAAGCACAGGAUAUGGUGAGGAAAGCUCAAGCUCUGGCCACGGGUCCCGUGUUGGGCAAACUGCAAGAGGCGUCUGACGACCUGUACGCCUGGGCAUCCACCAGGGUGGCCAAUGAUCCCGCAAUCUCUUUCGAGGCCCUUUUGGAGGAGAUGGUCCAGUAUGGAUUGGGAGAGCUGGCAGCAGAGGCCGCUUCCUUGCUGGAAGCCCAUGGUCAGGGCCUGAAGGCGGGUCACCAGGCACGAUGCCAGCUGGGAGACACUCGGUGGGAGGAUGAAGGCCCAGGGAGAGCUUUGGUCCACAUCGAUGGGGAGCCCUGGGCGUUGUGGGAUUUCGGCGAGAUGGUCUACAUGACUGAGGAACUUGCGGGCCUGCUGGGGGUGAUCGAGCCGGAAAAGGAGAAACGGCAGUGUGUUACUAAAGUUCUAGCGGCAGGCUUGCACUUCGCACAGCAAGGAAGGGUCCCGACCAUGGAGGAGGUGGAGAGAGGAACGCAGGAAUUCCGGCUGGAACAAGCCAGAUUAGCUGUGGAAGCUGAAGGGGUCAUGGGGCACCCGGAGUCCAAGGUGGCACCCGUCGAGCACGAGUUGCGGAUGUAUGCCCAUGACAUCCUGAAACCACACCACGAUAAGGACUACACUCUGGCAGCACUGGAAGAGAUGCGGGUCAUCGUGGUGCGGGUCGACUAUAAGGGGGACCUCUUGAUCGAGACGGUCACGGGCAGCCAGUGGACCAAGUUGGACAUCUGGGUGAUGAUUUCAAAGGGCCACAUGACGCUCCUCCAGCCACCGUCGCAAGAGGCAGGCAGGACUCUGUUGGGAAAGGAAGAGGUGUACAACACCCCUUGCUUGGGCUUUCGAUAUUUCUGGCAUCAACGGCACGAUCAAGCCAAGACAGCCCCGGGAAUCAUCUCAUGCCGGCACUGCAGAACUCGCAAAGGAGGAGGCAGGGACGAACCGGUAUCGAUGGGCUGUCUGCGGAAGACUACGUGCCUACCCGCUCUUUCGCAGGUCUUUGCCGGCGGCGGCCAAGCCGUCCGACCCAUCCAUGAAGCUCGAGGUCAGCAGGGCCUCGUUCUCCAGGAGUAUUUUGCGGGCCAUGGGGUCAUCACCAUGGGAUGGCGGGCUGCCAAUCAGACAGCCCUGGAGCCCAUUGAGUUGUAUGCGCAGCCGCACCAACAGCUUGGACCACGCCCUGAGCACGAUUUGGCUGACCCGCUACGGCAGGAACACUUUCUGGGCCGCUUACGAGCACGGGAGUCCAAUGUGCAAUGGAUCGCUAGUCCAUGUACCACGUUUUGUGAUUGGUGCCUGCAGAAUGGAGGAACUCGCACCUUUCAGAACCCAGCGGGAUUACCCACUGCCAAGGAGAAGCUGGGCAACACGUUGUCAGAAUAUGGGGCCAAGGUCUUCGAGACCUCGCUGCUCCGGGACUUCGGGACGGUACCCAAAGCAAUGGCACCUGCCGCAGUGGCGACGCCUGUUGCAAAGACCAGACGUCGACUUCAUCGUGACAUGUGCGCCUUCGGCUUGGGACCUCCAGAUACGGUGGGCCAGUUCUAUCGCCACCGCACCGGGUUGGCUUUCCCUCAUCAUCCACCGCUGCGUCAAGCCUUGCUCCGUUUGUGCCCAGGAGUGUCAGCUACACAUCAGCAUAUCGCACUCAAAGGCAACCGGCCGGGGGUUCAAGUGUCGCGAUGCACGGAAGCAGGGGUCUACGCCGAUGCCUUUGUUCGCACGGUGGUGGAAACAUUGCUCCAUACCCUGGAGGAGCCAGCAGCCGAGGAGGGUGACCAUGCGGGUGGCCACGAGGCAGCCGAGGAGGGCGACCAUGCGGGUGGCAACGACCUUGGCAACGAACUUGAUCUGGACCUGCUGAACGAGGAUGAGCUCCAACAAGUCGCAGGGAUGGCAGUUGAUGAGGCGAUUGGGGUGUGGAAUGGCGUUGACGUCUUGAACCCGCAGGGUGAGGAGCCUGGGGAGGACGACCUGGAAGAUGAUCUGGAGGAUCAGGACGACUUCCAAGGGGAGAACACCACGGAGGCGGGACCAGAGACGGAUGAGGAACCGCGGACACGCAUCGUGUGGCAGAAUCUGGGGCUUCGGAACCGUAUGGAGGUUGAUGCGGAGAGGGGCUAUGUCUGGGUGCACACGAAUGAGCCACGGAAUGACUUGGUGGUCCCGGAGGAGUUGCCGUACCCCUAUUGGCCGCAUCGCUUUCACAGUGAAAGAUACACGAGGUGUGAGAGGAGGGAUGAGUGGGGCCGUCUGCAGGUCGCUGAGGUGUACGAUGAUUGGAGAGACCGAGGCAGAGGUCAACCGCCCUUUGCACCCUGGACCGGAGCUACCCUCUUUGUGUUUGAGGACGGGCAGGUACCGUGGGUGGAGGUUCCUAUCAGCAGUGAGAACGGUCCGGAUGCUGGAGGUGGAGGCCCCGAACCAGGAGUGGGCAAGGUGAUUGGUCCGAAAGCUGGAACUCCCAUGGCACUGCUGACUGGCAGAGUCUAUAGAGGGGACCGAGGAAGAUGGCAAGGGUGGCAGUCGUGGUCUUGGAGGGGCACGAGGGCCGGAGGGAGCAGUUGGGUGGACUUCGAGAAGGCCGGCAUCUCCGGGAAGGCGGCGACGGCGGCCCUUGGUUACAUUCAUGCAGUUGACCAGAUUCAGGGCAACACAGCGCAGGAGUGGCAAGCAGUCCGGGAAAGAGGGGACCUGCUACUCGACGUCACCGGUUCGGUGGAGAGAGCCGCGACGGCAUUGUGGGUGGCCAGGGAGCACCUUGGGCGCAACAAUCUCCAAGGAGCGGACGAUGAGGAGUUGACGGAGCUGCUGCACCCGGACCAUCUAGCCUACCUCAGGGAGGUUCGGGCCCAAGGAAUGCCGGCACGGUAUCAAGGGCAACGAGAAAGGGUCACAACCCGGCCACACCCGCGGGCAAGGGCAGAUAUGGGUCAGGUCUACGUGCAGCUGAUGAAGGACAUCGCCAAGCAUCGAGUCCUGGUCGCCUCUGCAAGCCAUGCGGCCCUGAAGCACACGGUGUCGUCACCCUUCGAGCUGGUGCCCAAGAUGUUGCCCAAUCGAUCCCUGUCAACUGAAGCUCGCUUGGUGCAUGAUCAGCGCAUUCUAUGGUUGAAGGCAAGGUACCCGGGCAUCAAGGUGGUCCUGGCCAAGAAGGAUGUAGCCGGGGCUUUUCGACUGCUGUGGGUCGACCCACGAGAUGUGGAGCUGUUCGCAGGUGACGUCCCAUGGAAGCCAGAGCUGAUGGGAUCAGGAGAACUCGAGGCAGGGCUCAACGGUCUGGGGGACCUCACGGUGAUCUACUUGGUGUCCAGCUUUGGGUUCUCGGGAUUGCCGGGAGAAUGGACAGCAUGGGGACGGGCUACGGAAGAGGUCCAUCGAAGCCUUCGCCCUGUGGAGAGCCGGAGAGAUGGCGAGCUGCACUUUUGCGGGAAAAUCCUGGUUGAUGACAUGGUCUUGGUGGAACCGGUGAUGGGUUUACGGCCAUGGGUCUCCAGUGAGGUCUAUGAAUGGGCGGUCACGAAGCUGCUGGGUGAGAAGGCCAUCAACAAGCUCAAGGACGCUGAGGAGGGCUGCUACAGUAAUCAGCAAACGGUGUGGGGUUUGAUCAUCGAUGCGGAUGCUGAGAGGAUGUCCUUGCCAGAAGCGCGCAUCCUCAAGGGGGCCUACCUGCUCGCUCAGUCGUGCUUCAAUUAUGGGGAGAAGGACCUCCCGCUCAAGGAGUUGCAGAGGUUUCGAGGGAUUGCCAAUGGUUGGAGCAUCGUGGUCUCUGGUCUCAAGAAUGAGCUUCGCAGCGCUGACGUGUUCCUGGGAGGCAUCGAUGGUGGUGCGGCGGUGCAGCCGAAGCUGGUCCAGCAAGAGGGUUCCCGGGCCAGGGCGCAGAGCUGGGAAGCACUAUGGGAGCUGUUCGAAGACUGCCGAUGGUUGUGUGCGAGAUCCGAGACCUGGGCCACGAAGUUUGGCGGAGACAUCAGAGAGCUGCUACCCCCGUUGGAGCGGCUGGCACUACCAGGACAACAAGGAGGCGGUCCGGUCUUCGUUUCCUCUGAUGCUACUCCAACUGUUGUCGCGGCCAUCGAUUGGACCAACCGGCUUGCGUGCCGAGAGGAGGUUGAGCUCUUGAAGCCGUGGAUCAAGCAGGUCACUGAGGCUGAGGGGCACGAGGACGGCAAGCUCGCCAUUCACCUCGGGGAGAUGUUGAGCUUCGUGGCCUUCGCCUGUAAGGUGGGACACCUGUGGGAAGGCCGCGUGGUGGUGUAUGCCGGGGACAACAAGGUGGUCUAUUUCUGGAUCACCGGGCGUAAGAGCGGGGUCCGUGCGGGAAGGCUGCUGAUCCGGGCGCUGAACUUGGUAGAGAAGCGCCACCGGUGCCGCAUCCUAGGGGGCUGGUGGAGGACCUUCCACAACGAGGAUGCAGACGCGCUGACCCGCUUGGAGGAGAAGGAGGCCACCGAGCUCAUGGAGAGGAAGGGCUGGGAGAGGGUGGACAUCAAAGAGAGCAUCCAUCACGCACUCGAGGACACGGAACGCUUUGGGUUGUGUUUCCUCUCCUGGGCAGAUCAGGAAGACAGGUUUGAGUUGAUGCGGCUGCGGGAACUACGAGUUUUCAGAGCGGUCCUACGGCAACCUGCAGAGUUGAAGGAGGUAGAGGUGAUCGAGUGGACCCCGGGCCAGCGCUUCGUUAAGGACUUUGAGUACUUUUCGGGCGGUGGACAAGACCCUAGCUACCGGGUGAUAGCUGCUACCAUCGGUCCCGACCCCAAGGGAAGGAAAGUGAAGGAGUUUGCCGCCUAUCUCGACAGUGAGGUCUUCGAUGUCGCGGUGUUGGAGGGCCCGAUGGAGGUGAAAUGGACGGGCUUGGAGCAUUGGGCAAGAAGUGUCGGGUGGAGCUGCACGCUCCAGGAGUUUCUGACCUCGGAGCUUGGGGAGGCCAUGGUGAGACGACGGACCGUCGGCUUUGUAAUCCCCAUCGAGCGGUCGAAGGAAGACGUCGAGUUCCUGAUGGUGAAGUCUGUCACCCCGCCGGCGAUGGGUUCCUAUUUGAAGAAGUUCCACGAAGGCAACUGCAUCCCGGUUCGGAAGUAUGAGACGGCGGUCAACGUUGGCCAAGAAGUCAUGUUGCCGGUCGUCGCUGCUCAUGCAUGGGUUGGAAAGGAGGAAGACAGACAAAAUGUCUAUUCACUCAGUGGACCAUGCCGGUGGCCCCUUGUUGACCAGACCGAGAAGGGCAUGCAGCGGAUCCUGGUGCAGGAUAAAGCAGCCCCGGUGGGCAAGGUGAGAAGUCUUGCCGGUGAGGAGAUUUGGGUCCUACAGGGCAGACGCUUAGAUGAAUGGAACGACCUGGUGAAGAAGGUCGGGGAGAAGGAGGCCGAGAAGGAGGGUUGCAGGGCGACGGGUCGCCGGACGGCUUUGAGCCUGAUCAGCACUGCCGCGGAGCUCGCCAAAGAGAGCAAGGAAGGCAAGGCGGGAAUGUGCGCCGACUUCGAGGAUUACAAGUCCCUGGGCAUUUUGUUACAGUGGCUGAGAAAGUGGCGGCGUGGGGACUUCGGACGAGCCCUACCAGACCGCAAAGCCGGUGGCGGGAAGGAAGGCACCCAGCAGGUGUGGUUCUGGGGCGAGGCGCUGUGGCUCGAGGCCAUCGAUGUUUGUGACAAUGGGUUCGGGGGCAGCGAAGAUAGAAGAUGCGGAGGUCGUCGGAAGAAGGAGGUGAAACCGGUUGAGGAAACUGGGGCCAAGUUCAUCGACCUCAACCCCGACUUCAACCCCGACAUGGAGGUCCAGGCGCAGGUGGAGGAAUGGCUCGAAGCGCACCUGGUAGGCGACAAGGCCGCGAGCACGCAGAAGGCCUAUGCCACUGCAUGGAGCAAGUGGUGUGACUGGAGCCGUCGCCAAGGGUGGCUGACCCCCUACCUCGACCACAACGGCGACCCGAUCCACAACGAGAAUAAGGUCCUCGGCUACCUGGGCUACCUUGGUUGGCUGGGAACUUCGGUGGCCACUAUGAAGCAAGCAGUCUUCGCCAUCAAAGACGCACAUAAAAGAGCCGGCCACGGAGACACGACAGUGAAGAUGCAUCGGCUGUGGAUCGUCCUCAACUCGCUGGAGAAGAAUUCGGUGAAGAGGCCGCGACGGCUAGGUGUCACCGUGCAGAUGAUCAAGUGGCUGGGUAAGCAGAUGGCCGCGGGUGCGGAAGCGAUGGGCGAGCUGAAGGUGGACUGCAGGAUGGUCAACGCGGCAGUGGUCACGGCCUGGUUCUUUAUGCUCCGCGCCAGAGAGUUCUCGGAUUCGAGUGGAGUUGACCAGGAGAUGAUCGUCAGAGGCCAGGAUGUCUCCCUCACGACUCGAGGCCAAGCAGAUGAGAGCGACCCUCAGGAGGUGACGCUACAAUUCCGCAAAACGAAAGCGGACCAGGAGGCCUUCGGGACGUGCAAGACGAUGUUGAAGACGGAGGUUGAGUUCGUUUGCGCGGUCACGGCUCUACAUCGUCUUCGAGAGGUGGCGCCAAGGCGGUUCGGGCGAGGGCCGGAGAGCCACUUGCCGUUGUUCCGAUGGGCAUCAGGCCCGGUCAUCAAGCGCCUGGAGGUGCAGAACCUGCUGCAGCGGGCCGCUCGAGCCCUCGGCUUGCCGGCGGAGCGGUUCCAGUCCCAUUCGCUCCGGAUCGGUGGGGCUUCAGCGCUCUAUCAGGCGACGGGCGAGAUCGAGGUCGUGAAGAGAACAGGAAGAUGGACCUCAUCAGCGGUGCAGCGCUACCUCCACGAUUCGGGCGAUGUCCUGUCAGGACUGGCUCGGAAGAUGGCCAACGUGGACCAGCACGUGCACUACACCUAG